AUGUUCGUCGGGAGUUUAAGGAAGGCCGGUUUCACCGGAGAUAUCGCGCUCUCCGUGUCGCCCGAGAAGGAGAUGAAGCGCCACGUCGCCGCCUACCUGAAGAACCAGCACGUGCUCGCCUACCCCUUCAAGUUCACCUGCGGCGGGCCCCGGGGCCGAAAACUCCUCGUGACGCCCGGCGGCUGCGUGCUCGACGACUGGUACCGCGACCGCGACGCGCGGGGCCCGCGGCCCCUCGCGAUCUCGCGCUACGAGAUGUACGAGACCUGGCUGCGCCAGUACUCCGCCGAGAGUUAUGUGUUGGACCUCGACACGCGCGACACGUUCUUCCAGGCCGACCCCUUUUUGCCGCUCGCGGCGCGCCGGUCCGCGGCGGACCACGCGCGGGACCUCUACGUCUUCGAGGAGGACGGCCUCAAGACCACGGGCACCUGCAAGUGGAACAAGGGCUGGCUCCGCUGCUUCGAGGCGGCCAAGUGGCACACGCCGGAGACGUGGACCCAGCCCGUGCGCUGCAGCGGGUCGACGCUCGGGUCGCGCGACGCGAUGCUCAAGUACGUCGACGCGAUGCUCUCCGCGAGCGACGAGUGGCUCUGCCACCGGACCAAGGGCAUCCCCUCGGACCAGGGCUACCACAACUACCUCAUCCUCAGCGGCGCCCACGCGCGCAACGGCCUCCGCGUCGUCUCCGAGCCGCGCGGCUCGGGCGUCGUCCACACCAUCGGCGCGAUGAACGGCAACUCCGUGCCCAUGGAGCUCCUGGGGCCGUUGGACACGAAGUGGAAGGUGCGGGACCCGGUCAAGGGCUUCAUCACGAACACGGACGGGAGCCGGAGCCCCGUCGUCCACCAGUGGGACCGCUGGGCCGGCGAGAUGAAGACGUUCCUGACCAAGGCCUUCGUCACCGACAGCUUCGUGCCGGGCAAGGGCGAGCUCUACGCGCGGCCCUUCGAGUUCGUCGCCUACGACCCGAAGACCUGCGCCGACCACCCCUUCGUGACGAAGCACAAGAAGGGCUGCGACCGCCUCCGCGCGGAGAACGCGGACUGGGUCUCCCAGGCCGGCCUCAAGGCGACGCAGGCCUGCUGCAAGUUCGGCGGCGGCAUCAAGAAAGGCGCGUAA